AUGUCUCAGGCUCGAGUUUACACUGACAUCAACGUUCAGCGCCCUAGAGAUUACUGGGAUUACGAGUCUCACACCGUUCAAUGGGGUGAUCAAGAUGACUAUGAGGUUGUUCGGAAAGUUGGAAGGGGAAAAUACAGCGAGGUCUUUGAAGGUAUUAACAUCGCAAACAAUGAAAGAUGCAUCAUCAAAAUUCUUAAGCCAGUCAAAAAGAAGAAGAUAAAGAGGGAGAUAAAAAUACUUCAGAAUCUCUGUGGAGGUCCAAAUAUUGUGAAACUGCUUGAUAUUGUCAGGGAUCCUGACUCAAAAACUCCUAGUUUAAUUUUUGAAUUUGUGAAUAGUACAGAUUUUAAAAUCUUGUACCCAACUCUGACGGAUUAUGACAUACGCUACUACAUAUACGAGCUUCUGAAGGCUUUAGAUUACUGCCAUUCACAAGGGAUAAUGCAUAGAGAUGUCAAGCCUCAUAAUGUUAUGAUUGAUCAUGAACUACGUAAACUCAGGCUAAUUGAUUGGGGUUUGGCUGAAUUCUAUCAUCCCGGUAAAGAAUACAAUGUUCGAGUGGCUUCAAGGUACUUUAAGGGGCCUGAACUACUUGUGGACUUGCAAGACUAUGAUUAUUCCUUAGACAUGUGGAGCCUGGGCUGCAUGUUCGCUGGAAUGAUUUUCCGGAAGGAGCCAUUUUUCUACGGUCACGACAACCAUGAUCAGCUUGUCAAAAUUGCCAAGGUACUUGGUACAGAUGAGUUGAAUGCAUAUUUGAACAAAUAUCAUCUUGAACUGGAUCCUCAACUUGAUGCUCUUGUUGGAAGGCACAGCAGGAAGCCCUGGUCUAGAUUUAUCAAUUCAAAUAAUCAGCAUCUCAUUUCCCCCGAGGCCAUUGAUUUUCUUGAUAAGCUUCUCCAGUAUGAUCAUCAAGAUAGGCUUACAGCUAAAGAAGCAAUGGCUCAUCCAUACUUUAUCCAAGUGAGGUCUGCUGAAAAUAGUAGAAUGCGGGCGCAGUAG